CUAGAACCAGAAGUGAACGGACUAUUUGUGUUUUGUAACUAAGUGGUAGGACUAACAAUAAUAGUCCACAAACUCAAAACCUCACCCGAAAAAAACACAACAAUCACACGAAAGCAAUAAUUGGGGAAUAAAUCGUUAAGGAGACUCGGAUACCAUUGACUAUUGUAGUAAUAUAAGCAUUAAUAAUUAUUCAGGUAAAUUAGUGGGAAUUAAGUGGACUGUGGUGGAAUUUACUUUUAGUGAAUGAAUUUUAAGUCUAUGGCAUAGAAUAUAUCAUUGAAUUAACAAUGAGUAUAAAGAAUUAUUCACAGAAUGGGAGUCAGACGAAUCAGUCAUGGCAAACAGCACUGGGAGUACAACAACUGCCAUUACAAGUUCUGCAACUGCAACUGCAACUGCAACUGCAACAACAGAAUCAAAUGAAUAAUAAUUCGGGAGGAAUCAAUUCGGCUCCUGCAAAUACUUCAUCGUAUACUUUGCCGGGAGUUAUUAAUUAUCUAACUUCAGAAUUUACUAAUCUUGAACGAUUUAAAAUUAUGACUAAUUUAGAGAAAUCUGAAAUGAAAUAUAAGAUAGUACAACUUCAAGGAGAAUUGAAUGCUUUAAAGUUUGUCAAUGGUAAACAAAAAUCAAGAAUAGAACAAUUGGAGCAAGAAGUCAAAGCAUUGAAAGCAUCUAAUAAAGAUCAUAAUGGUAAUGGUAAUGGUAAUGGUAAUGGUAAUGGUAAUGGUAAUGAUAAUAAAUCUUCAGAAAUUUCCAAUGAAUCAAACAAACCAGCAUCAUCAUCUGUAAGUCUACCUCAAGUUGAUUUACGAUUGAUCAAAGACUCGCGUGAGCAUUUUACUAAGAGCAUGACUGAGAUUAUAAGAUUAUUUAAGAUACCCAAUAGUCAUAAUGGAUUGAAUUAUCUUGAUAUUCCUGAGUUAGAUGAUAAUUAUAAUGAAUUCGAAGUAUUAUUGGAUGAGACUGAUUCAAACAAGUCUGUAAAUAAGUCCAUUAAAGUACCUUCACAUAGAAAUAAGAGUUCAAUAACUGCAAAAUAUUUUGAUGGGAUUGAUAAUCAUACACCUCCUAUAAAAUUCAAUAAUAAAUCUAAUUCAAAUUCAAAUUCAAAUUCAAAUUCAAAUUCAAAUUCAAAGGCUCCAAAAUCAAAACUUCCUGAACCUGUUCAAGAUCAAAUUCCUAAGGAAUCUGAAGAUUCCAAACCUGUUAAUGAUGUAUACUUUAGAUCAUUGGAUCCCCAUACAAAACAAGAUUUUUCAGGAGAAAGUGAUGUAGAAACAGUAAUUUAUGAUGAUGAUCAUCCAAGUCAAUUUGAUUUACUGGCACUGUAUAAAUCUAUAUAUCAUGAUGAUUAUGAAAUUACAUAUCAAAAAUUAUUAGAUAAAAAGAAUGGAAUAUUACUUGAAAUAAUUGAUAAAUCCAAAUUAUCACGAAAAUAUGAAGUUAUUAUAAGUAAUACGAUUUAUGAUCGAAUAAUUGAUAUUUAUCAUGUAUUUAUUAAUCAACAAGAUUUAAUUAUUAUAGUUGAUAAUCAAGGGAUUAUAAUAUCAUAUGAUUUAAAUAGUAAAGAAGAAAAAAUUAUUUAUAAUUUAACAAAACAAGUUUCAGAAAUUCAUUCAUGUGAAUGGAUAGAAUUUGAGCAUAAAGCUACUACAAAUAGUAAGAGUUAUGGAUUAGCAUUACUUGGAUUAAGUUCAGGUAAUUCACCUCAAUUUAUUAUUAAAGUACUUCGAAUAAUUAUUGAUACAUCAACUAAUCAAUUAGAUUCCAAAACUAUUGGAAGUUUUAAUAAAAGUUUUAUUGCCUCUAAAUUAGGUAAUAAAGGAUCAGAUAUAACAUUUCAAGGAUGGUAUGUAUCUAAUUCAAAUAUUAGUAAUAAUACCAAAAUUCCUCAAUCUCCUAAAGUUAAAAAAAAUGAUAAUACUGUUAAAUGUGAUGAUCCAACAUUAGCACCUUAUCUUCUUACAUUUAAAAUGGACAAUAAGUUGAUAAAGUUAAAUCUUGUGCUGAAACAUAUUAGUCAAGAUGAUGAAGCCUAAGUGCGACUAGAAAGUAUGGAACAUACAGUACAUGAACAUGAACAUAAAUCAUACACAGCAUACACAACAGAUACUACAUCCAUAAAUAAUAUACACUAUAUGUAUUCAUAUAGUCAGACUUAA